AUGUCUUAAAACGCUAAAUAUGCAUCUAUUGCAUCUGUAGUAUAUAAUCAUAUUCCAGAUUUACUAUUUGUAGGUUUCUAUAUUGUUGAAAAUGGCGAAGAAAUACACAUAGGGCCUUAUUAAUCAAAAAUAUUAGCAAGUGCAAUUAUAAAAAAAGGUAAAGGUGUAUGCGGUACAGCUUGGGAAGAGAAAAAAGCUUAAAUAUGGAAUAAUAUUAAAGAAUGUAAAAAUUAUAUAGCGUGUGAUUCUGAAACUAAAAGUGAAAUAGUAAUACCAGUUUUAGAUAAUAAUAAAAAAAAUGUUGUAGCAGUUUUUGAUAUAGAUUCUGUUACUUAAAACAGAUUCUUGGAUCAAGAUGUAAUAAGUAUAGAAAAAAUUGUUUCAUUGUUGUAUAAAUGA